CGCCCUUCCGCUGCCCGCCGGCCGGGGGUCGAGGUUCGCGGGCUCCUGCCAGCCGGGAGAGAAGCGCCCCGAGGAGGGCGGCAGUUCUCCAAAUGGCUUCUUUUGGGUGGAAGAGAAAGAUUGGUGAGAAAGUUUCAAAAGCUACUUCUCAGCAAUUUGAAGCAGAAGCUGCGGAUGACAAGGAUCUGGCUGAUGAUGAUGAUGCUAACUGGGUGCAAGCAAGUAAGAGAAGGAAGGAAAUUCUCUUAGAAGACUGUGUAAAGAAAAGUAAGGAGCUGAAGGAUGAAGGUGCAAGUUUGGCUGAAAAUAGGAGGUACCGAGAAGCUAUUCACAAGUGGGAUGAAGCAAUUCAGUUAACUCCAGAGGAUGCUACUCUUUACGAGAUGAAAUCACAGGUCCUGAUGUCUUUACAUGAAAUGUUCCCAGCAGUGCAUGCAGCAGAAAUGGCUGUCCAGCGAAACCCACGUUCCUGGGAUGCCUGGCAGACUUUGGGACGUGCCCAGCUUGGAUUAGGAGAGAUAGCACUGGCAAUCCGAAGUUUCCAGGUAUCCUUACACAUCUUUCCAAUGAACCCUGAAGUGUGGAAUGAGGACCUUUCCUGGGCAAGAAAACUACAUGAACAACAAAAGGCAACAAAGAUCGAGGCAACGCAACCACUGGCAAAAGAAAAAGAGCCUGUACAAGAAUCAAUCCCAGACUAUGACUUUGAAAGUGAUGAAAUUGUGGCAGUCUGUGCUGCCAUUGCAGAGAAGGAGAAAGCUCUGUCAGCAGCUAAAACAGUAGUGAUUGUGUCUGCUUCAGGCACAGUAGAGACUGUUACUGAGAAGGAGAAUUGUCCUACAACUCCUGAUGAAACCCUUUUCAUCAGAGCCCGAUAGGGCAGCCUUAUGGGUUGCCAUACUGUUUUAAGAACUAGUGUUAUUUAUUGUAUUGGGCUUGCUUUUUUGUUUUGUUUUAUAAGCAGAGGGAGAGCCUACAAAAGUUAAAGAAUUCGAUUCUUUUUCCUUUGUAAAUUGAAAAAGCAAUGACCCGGGUUGUUCUUUUCAUAUCUUGGGAGAAGAAAGCCAGUAUUUUAAAAUCUUACGAGCAAAUGUACUGUUAAAAUGCUUAACUGCAUUCUGACAACUGCUUUCAUCUUUAUGUAUUUCAUAAUUUUACAAGUUAUAGUCUAUAUUAAUAUCCUUUUAUUUGAAAUGUAAAAGAAAAAGGGAUUUAAAAAAAAAUCUAUUUAAAUCCUUAUUCAUUUACUAUUUAUCUUUCAGUUAAAGUGUGAGCUGUUCUCUGUUAGCAGAAGUCUUUAAUUAAGAUUACAUUUUUAUGAGGAAGUUUCCUGUGAAGCAGAGAGUAGUUAUUUGUGUGUGUGUGUGUGAUUGAUCUGGUGUCUUAUUUGUAGUUACAUGAAAUCAGUAGAAAGCUUUACGUUGCUUUCAUAGGUGAAUGUGUUAAGCACUUUCUGAUCACAUGAAGGUAAAUGCUAUACCAAACAAGCCCCUGAAUGUUUGCUUAGUCAUGGCUAAGUGUUUCACCAGAAGAGCAAACUCUGAUCUGGAACUGGAACUGGUCUUUCCUUAUCUUCAGUGCUGUGCUACUGACAAAACCAAAAGUAAAAUGGUGGGAGCUGGAAACAGAUGUGUCUGAAGUGUAUUACUCUUAGCCUUUUCUUCCCAGAUGAGGCUAAUCUGAUAACAGGAGUCAAUUUGUUUUUCCAAAUUCUUAUGACCUACUAUUUAAUGUCUUCUCUUAGUGAACCAAUUUUUCAGGACAACAUUGCCUGAGUCUCCCUUUUUAUUCUUUUUGGGCGCUGUCGUAUUCACACUGUUAGAGGCACAGUAUAGGAGAUUUGUUUAAUGUUCAUCUUUCUUGAGGGGAAGGUGGCUAUUGGUUCCUCACACAAGCAGUUUGGAGAAACAAGUCAGGCUGUUUCUUUGUGCUCUGUGCUGAGAGUGCUUUCUUUUCAUUGUCUUGGAGACAUGGUAGAGAUGGUCACCUCCUAACUGGACUAGAAGAAGUGUUCAAAUGAGGAAUUCCCGGAGAACUGAGGAUUGGGAACACAAUUUCUGCUUGAUUUUGGAUUAAAACAUUUGUAGAGAAGUGAAACCUUUUGAAAUCAAUCAUCUUUGCAUUUUUCAUAUCUGAUUUCUAUUUUCAAAAAAAACACUUUUAAAGGAAAUAAUGCUACUCAAGAAGCAUAGUGAUUUUCUAAUAGAAAGUGUAUUCUAGAAAAAUUAGUUAUCUCAGAUUAUACUUUCAGCUUAAUAUCUUUUUUUUAAGAGGACACUUAAAAUCUUUGCAGAAAUUAAUUAUCCCUUUCAAAAACUUAAUUGCCAUGUUAUGCUUCUUAAGUUUUCAUUAUUUUCUACAAAAGUUCUUCCUGGAUAUAAUUUUGUAGAUGUAUGAAUUUUUAGAUCUGUCUUUGCAUGCACACAUCCAAAAUUUACAGUUUUUAAUGUCUCCUUUGUACUCAAAAUAAUUAUAAUUACAGUGACUAAAACAGAUUAAGAAAUCUAAAGCAUCACCAUGCUACAUUUUUACUAGUUCAUUCAGUUAAAAAAUAGAUCUUAAAUGCUUAUUGAGCAGGCAUUUGAGUAAGAUACGGUUUGAUAGAUUCUUUAAAUUGUCCCAGUUUAGGAACUUUUAAAUCUUAUUUUUCCUCACAACUUAAGUAAUACAAGCUGUUCAGCUGUAGGAAAAGUUAAUAAGAGAAGGAUUUGGACAGAUUUCUUCAAAGAAGAGACAUUCUCUCUCUGGAAAAGGAAAUGUGUAAGAAGCUGUAAGGUAUGUUUUCAUUCUGAAGGAGCUUGGCCAUAAUCCAACACAUCUUUUCUUUCUUUGCGCUUUAUACUUGCGUCAGUGUCACAUACUUACUCAUACAGGAAAGACUGCCUGCCUCCUUCCAGGGAUCCAUGUUAUCACUGAAUCUGUUUCCACUUCAAUGAUUCUCAAAAUACCUGUUGACUUCAGCACUACUGGGCCAAACUAAUGGAGGGGUUUGCAUUUAUCUGCCAUCACCAGGCAGAACAGCUGUGCCAGGUCCGAGAGGUGGUUGUUUUCAUCCCUGUACUAGAGGCAUUUCCCUUUUGAUUAUAUUAGGUUAUGAAUUCUAGAUAUUGUUAGGAUCAUAGUGUCUGGUAGAACAGGUAAGUCCUUGUUAUACUGUUAUUCUCAAACUGGGAAGAAGUUAAAAAAUUGAUUAUUUCAACAUUGUUUUUUGUACAGCACACCAUGUUUUGCAUGUAUAGGAUUUUUUGGAUAUGUUUUAAUAAAAUAUUGACUUCUUUGCUGCUUA